AUGGUACCAGAGACAACAUGGGGAAGACUGUUUUGUAUACUGUAUGCCUUAUUUGGAAUUCCUAUAACAGCCUUGAUGCUUCGUUCGGUGGGAAACAGGAUCACCGAAUGGAUAAUAGCAAUAAUUAAACAAUUCGAUCGAAGAGUUUACAAUCGCGAGACUGAAAACGCUGAGCUAAAGAGUGCUGUUAUAGCAUUUGGUUUGCUAUGGCUUAUAAUAUUGGUGCCUGCGAUAGGGUUUUCGAGUCUAGAAACAGAUUGGAAUUAUCUGGAAGCAGUGUACUAUUGUUUUAUAACUUUUUCCACCAUCGGAUUUGGUGAUCUUGUUCCGACUGCACUCCGAGCGGACAGUCAUGUUGAAUCACAGGUAUGGAAUGGUAUUGAAUUGCUUUAUAACCCAUUCAGCUCCAGUGCUCUUCCCUUGACGAAUAAAAUGGUCUGGGGUUAGAUAGAGUGAAGCAAUGAAGUAGCGCACAUCGGGGCGCAAAAUAACUAGACACAUGGGCAGAUAUUCUGACUAAUUCAUUGAGCUGCAGCGCUCUCCCUUGACGAGUAAAAUCGUCUGGCGUUAGACAGAGUAAAAUAAUAAAGUAUGGCGCGUUGGGACGCAAUGCAACUUAAUAGGUUAAUUUUUGUUAGAGUUUUUGAGGAACUGUGAACAAGAAUUCAAAGUGAAUAUAUUGUACAGAGAGUGACUGGUCAUCAUGCAGUGGUUUCUCUUGUUAUUAAAAAAAUUCGCCACUGGACAUGCCUCAAAUCUCAUUAUCCAAUGCUUAAAAUGUUGUAAAACUCGUUUAGAAAACUAUUUUCCCUCUAUUAGCCAUCAGUGGGCGUAGUUCAAGUCGAAUUAAGGCUGCUUUCCAGUCAAAUGUUUUUCGUAUACGUUGCGUGUGCGCACGGAAAAGUUUAAUUCUUUCUAAAUGUUAUAUGAAGUAGUAAUUACCUCAUAACAAAUACAUUUUAAAUCAUACGGAAAAAACUAUUUGCUAUCUUUUUAUUAAUUCAGUUUAUAGGCCACGCAUUUUUUGUUGGAUUACGGAUUUUGCUCGCCAAUAUUAAAGGGCGGGAGGGCAAAAAAUAAAAAUAAAAAGAAUUGUCUAAUAUCUAAUACCACACUCACAGUGACAUGUACAUCCAAAGUCAAAGAGUACAGCGAAGUAAACAUCGCCUUCUUCGGUCAUGUUUCAUGUUCACGUGGUGUGACCAUGCGUGACAAUUGCGUGUUGAAGGUGUUUAGCCUGCACGUACGUACGUCAGCCUGACUUUAUUCUCGCACAUUUUAUAUAUUUUUGGGUGUCUUGCUGGGAAAAUAAAUAUACUUUGUAAAAUAUGGUCGGAUGAAAAAACAAAUAACACAUCAAAACUGAUAUGCGGCAUUUAUACUUUUUUUCUGCUUUUUAAAAAUACUAGGUCGGGAUAUCCGUAAUCCAACAAAAAAAAGCGUGGCCUUAUUUCAUUAGUAAAAUUUAAAUGGAUUUUAACUUUUCCAAGCGUAUACAUACGCACGCAUGAAACACGAUUAACCGGAAACAUAGUCUGUCAAGAUAUGAUGGUCUGGAAACCUGGCAAACACCAAAGCUACAAAUUAGUGGAAGACCUUUGUUUGAUGUUUGAUGUUGAGCUGUACCUGAUCGUGCACAAAUCCAUUGUCUCAACUUCAUUAAAAAUAUUAUUCAUCGUGGUUGCACGUUUCAUCUCAGCUAUAUCUCUACUGGACGAUUACUUCAUUAUACGAAAAUACAAUAAGCUCAAUUACCGUGGCUGUGCGCAAAUUAACAUAAACUCAGACAAAAAACAUAACACAAUGACUUCUGUUUAGACUCUGGAAAGCAGCUUUUAGGUUGAUUCAAUUUAUUGAUGUUUAUCAGUUGCCAUGGUAUCAAGACAACUGCACAUGUGCUAAUUUACUUUGUGUUUUGCUCAUGAGCUAUUCAUGGUUUGGAAAAUAUUAUAAUAUGGCCACCUGUCUUCAUUGACGCUUGCAGGUCAUGCAUGCAACAUAGCAUGCCUCACAUAAUCAGGGCCGUAGCAACCGGGGGGCUGGGGGGGCUGCAGCCCCCCCCCCCAAUAAUUUGCUAAUAAUCAUUCUUUUUUCAAAAUCAUGCAAACUUUAUCAUUUAAUCUGUCACAAACUGCAAAGAAUGAAGAUAUUACUCAUACUCCAGAUCGUUCCUCGCGUAGAAAUUUUAGCUGAAUUUCUGUCGCGCAUUUUCAAGAAAAUACCACAAAAUCUGCACAUUUUUGAUGAACUAAUGAUUUAUUUUGUCUUUUGCGUGUUGGGUCUUGCGAAAGAAAACUCUGAAAAUACCAUUUCAGACCAUCUAGAGACUCCAGAUUUUCGAAAUUUUCUCAAAUGUUCUGCCUUCAUUUCCGCGCAACUGCCAUUUACGACGAAAAUUCCCGCCGCGCAUUUAUAAUACUACAGUCUGGCCCAUACUUUCCUGUAAAUUUCGACAUACUAAAACGCUGUUUUCUGAUUAUCAAAAUUCUGUUAAAUCUUCCCCCAAAGUCCAGGAAAUGGCAUUUUAGAGACUCUAAAUUUAAAAAUUUCCUCGGGCCUUCGGCCCUCGCUUUCAGCCCCCCCAAUCGAAAAGAGCUUCCUACGGCCCUGAUAAUAUAGCAUGAAUCAUGUGAUUUUACCCAUAUUUUGAAAUUAUACUACAGAAAAUACAUAUUAUUAAGAGGCAAAGUUUUCUAUGUCGUGUAUUUGGAAAACCUAAAAUUGUUUUGGCGUUCUUUUCAAAAUUAAUUAGUUUUUGCUUUAUUUUGUAUUUUGCACAGUUAUAGCAAACCUUUUAAAUCUAUUUGGCGGUUGAAAAACACAAAAUAAAGGUCAUUAGGUCAAUGAUGCUAUAAAAUUGACGCCAUAUUUAUAUGGCAAUAUAAGCAAAACUUACUGAACUUCAGACUAUCAUUUUCUCUUUGGCGUAUCAUCUAAAGUCUCUUCAUUUUAGCAUUAUUUUACAGAUAAAGCACCAAACAUACUUUCAAAGUUUGUUUGCCGCUUGAGAAACGUAUAAAAAAUGAAACAAUUGAUUAUAGUCAUAACCAAGUGGAAACGAAUAUUCAUUAGUUAAGUUUUGAGCGUAUACUGGCUAACAUACAAAAGAUUCUCCUCUUAAUAAAUAUAGUUGAAACCUUACUUAACCUUACAUGCAUGAGUAAACGAAUUGUUUUAGAGAUUAGGGAUAACAGCAUCAAAUCCUCCUCUCGUUCCACAGUACGUUCAAGCAAGUUCCAGCACAGUUUACGACCACAAAUCGAACGUCAAGCUGUGUUAUGUCCGCUAUGUUGGUUACGGAAGGAUGCAUUAUAUUUAUUUUCCUGUCGUCAUUCCCAAUCACGUUAUUCCUAAGUACUAAUGCAACGAAUUUCACACGUUUUUUUUUAAUUGCGUUGUAAAGAAAAUUCAAAAUGACCGAAUAAAAUACUUUGCCAUACUCUCUUAGCUUGCUUCUUUCUUGAGAUAUUUAAAGGGAAAUGGCAAUAUAUUUUUUUAUUUUCUCAUUUGAAAGAACUUCUGAAACUAUUUAAUAACUUCUUUUACCGAUUCUUCAUAUCCCGCUUAGUUCUUGAAAUAUUUUCACUUGAAGUAAUGACAUGUUAGCCAUCUUGGAUAAUUUUUUAUCUCAUUAACUAGCGUUUUGGUGACGUCACAACAGAGAUUAACCAUAUAAAAGUAUUCGUUGCUGACCAAAUAUUGAUUGGUAGAUGUUUUAAAGGUUUCAAGUGAUUUUGAUAUUUCCAAGCGCAUACAGAGUAUAAUUUUGAGUGCAAAAUGAUUAGUGGUUGUCUAGAUAAAAAUAUUGCGUGACCCCUGUUGUAACGUAACAUGCAUAUCUACAAAAAUCAAGAUGGCGGACAUUUCAUUUCUAUCGAUUAAAAUAUUUGUAGAAGUAAGCAAGAUAUGAAAAGAACGAUAAAAGAAUUUUCGUUUUGGUUUUAAAUGUUCUUUCAAACGAGAAAAUAAAAAAUAUAUAUUGCCAUUUCCCUUUAACAAUUUUUGAUGUGCAAAUUAUCAUUACAGUGACGUCAUAUUGCAUAAUAACCUUCUGAAAAACUUCUUAUCUUGGGCUAUCGAACUCAUAAAGUUUAGGAUUGUGAGGGUUGAACGUCUUCUGAUUCAGUCAGCUUCCGAAAUAGAAGUGGUCCUGCGGGUCGCAAUGUGAACAGUUGAAUCUCAUGAUUGUUCGUUAGUAAUUGAUAGGAAUUCAACCUACGGCCGUAGGUUCAAUUCCUACCAGAGGACCUUGUGCUGUAUUUGUCGCAGUCGUUCCUGGUUAGGUCUUAAAAUGUAUAUAUUCUCACUUGGAUUACAAACCCUUACAUUCUAAUAUUAAUUCCACCAAGUGAAGUGCAAGAAUCCAAAUUAUUGAAGUCCAAAGUUGGAUUACCUUUUUUGAUACACCCCAGGGGCCGGUUGUUCGAAGGUGGAUUAGUGCUAGCCCUCGGUUAAAAUUUAACCCACUCUAUUGGUUUCUGUAUUUCUGCACGUCUGUUUAUUUCAAAACGUCAGAAAAGUGAACUCCUAUUGAUCUAGACAAGAUUUGUGAAAAAUUAUUUCCAAAUUUAUAAACAAGCUGUCAGGAAGUUUGCUUUGAAUUUUAAGUUUAAUCGACUUUCAUGACCCAGGGUUAAGCUAAUCGACUUUCAUGAGUAUCUUGACUUGAUGUUCUUUUUUAAGGCCAUAAAUGAUAUUAUAACUGUUCCGAAGGAAAUCUUGCCAAAACGAUAUAUUCCCUCAAGGCCUACUCGAUCAUCUUCAAAUAACAGUGUUAUCUCGUUACGUCCUCGUAGAUGUAAGACAGCCACCUAUCAACGGUCAUUUUUUAUUAGAACAACUAGAACCUGGAACUCCUUACCCGAACACUUAAGACUACAUCAUUUAUCUCUAACGUUAUUUAAAAAGUCACUAUUAGAAUACUACCAUAAUGCCCUUGUAUCUUGUCAUAUACUACGUGGAUGAUAUGGAAAACUGUUUGCCUGAAGUGCAACACAUCGCGCAAUCUAAUCGAUGCCGAUCCCUGUUACUACUAGACUAAUUAUUUGAUUUUUAUUUCGUCUGUAAUUUGUCAUUAAUUUCAAUUUUAUAAUAUUUGAUUUCUGUAAAAUUACAUGAUCCAUGCUAUAUCGAUUAACAGCACAUGUGGAGCAAGACUACAAAUUAUAUGGCAUUAAAACUUGUUAUAAACAUUGUGAAACACAAAAGUACAAAAUAUAUUGUUGUUGUUUAGGUGUUUGUGGAGUUCGCUGACUUGCUGUAUCUUGUGAUCGGUCUGGCCAUAAUGUCGAGUGUGGUCGUAGCAAUUUCGGGAGUGAUUGAGACCAAAACGCAAAUGCUGGUCGACCCAAUGGAAGCAUUCCGAAGAAUCGACAUGGAAAACCUGAAUUCUGUGGCAGUUAAGAAAUUAGGACUAAAAAUGAACGGCCCGAAUAGCUUGAAUUCCAGUAUGGGACAUCAGGCGAGAAGAGCAAGUGAGAUACCCAAUGGUGUUAUGAAUAGAAGAGGCAGUCGGUUUCCCAAUUGGGAAGAUCAGAAAUUACAGGAACGGAACAGUGUGGAUAGGAUAGAUCAUGUUGGUCCAGCUCCUGUCAUCAGUAUUCCAAAACAGCCAAGUUCUUCGAGACAUAGUGAAUCCUCUAAGGAAUCUAGCAACGGUACCGCAAGGAAGAAUGAUCAUUUGGUAAGUGGUUUUCUUUUAUAGAAGUGCAAGACUUACGUGAGUCCCCCUUGACGCAAUAUAUCGCAUAUAAAACAAUAGAGAGAAGUUCAGAUUUGACUUCCACUACCUCUUAGUACGCAUCUGAUUGGUUUAUCGAAUGUAUCAAACGCAUCUGAUUGGUUAACGGUUCAUUGAUGGUAGCGGUAGUGGAAAUGAAAUCUGAAUCUCACUAAUGUUGAAAAUACGUCUUUUGCAGCCAGCUAAAAGAUAGAUUUAAUAAACUUGUACUGUUGUAAUUACAAUUCGUACCAAUACUUAUUCAACUGAGCUUUACAUUGUCGUAUAUACGUUCACGUUUGGUAACUUACGUAUUCAAAAUAACCAUUUGGGGGUUCAAGCCGAUAUUACAGGAGGAAACCACAGCAUCCGAGAAAAUCUGUGGUGCAUUUCUCAAAAGCAAAAUUAUGAGCACACAACUACAUUGUGUAAGAAUUUAGGCUUGCCAUGACGAGUCUUCGCAAAUUAAAUUAUCAUUAAUACGUUAUACUAUUCCAGCAAUAAGGGAUGGCUUUUAAUGGACCUCUUGGAAGAGCAUGUUAGAAUUGAUAGAGCUGUCCACUAUAAAGAAAGUUAGUUUAGUUUAAGUUUCCUCCUGCAGUAACGUAUAUUGGAUCAAAAAUAACUUACUGGAUUUCAAGGGAAAUGGGAUUAGAACUAAUAGAUCUAGAUGAAGAACUAAAAUGUAACUGAAAUUAUCCUUAUCACAUUUAGAUUGUUCCUGUGGAACUGAACUCUUCAGCCUGUUCGCCAAGUAUUUCUCCACAGCCCCCUCCGGUUUUCAAAUCAAACAAAGUCACCCCCCUGGAUGAAAACGAUAGCGAAGACCAAGACGGAAUCGUAAACGACAUUUGUGAGACUGUCGACGAGGCAAUGUUCUCGAUCGAAGGAGCCGAAGUCAGCGACGACGAUGAGGGGAGUAAGGCCAGCGGUCAUACGGAUGAAUCCAGUAUUACUGGCAUAUAUGAUUUGCAAAAUGAACAUGAUAAAGUCAUGAGAAUAGAGAGCAAGGAAUCUUUUAAACUAAGACAAUCGAAACAUUGGGAAGAUAAUGCAUAGAGACGUAUAUAUUUGCCUAAAUGGAAGGUGAUUAGACUUUGAUGCCAUGUCUACAAUGGCUGCCUUUUGUCAAUGGUCGAUAUUUAAAAUGAACAAGGUGAAAUAGAACAAUCUUUUAAACCACGACAUUGCACUCACUAGAAACACAAUACAUAGACAUGUAAUGAAGAAGAAGCAGCAUGGUUAAAUUUUAACCAUCUUUGGUCAAACGAAAAACGGUUAAACCUAAUUGUCUUACGUAUACGGUAUAAAUGGAGAACUUUCAUGCACUGUUUUUGUUAACGUUAAACGUUUUAAAAGAAAACCAAAGAAAUUUGAUGUGAAAACUUCAUUCAAACAGAAGUAUUUUGAGGUGCUUUGAAAUCGUAUUACUGAAAGAGAUUUUAGUUGGAAUAUAGUUUAAAGAAACACAGUAACACCACUGAUGAAAGAUUUUCCCAAUUUGAAAAAAUAUUGCUUAAAUGUAUGACGAAUAGAAAUCCGAGUAUUUAAGCAGAUGAGAUCGAGAUAAACAAAAGAUUCUUAGAAAAGGCAAGGAGAUCCAGAGGGAAGCAUCCACCCCCACAACAAAUGAGGUGACAAAAUGAAAUGAAGUGAUAUAAAAACUUGACUGGCCAAUGAAGUUAAUGAAAACAUAUGAAGAUGCGGAAUAUGAAGAUAAAUACAGCGAUGCAGUACAUAUGUAGGAUAUUUUGAAAUCAUCACACCGUUCCUUUUAUCACCUUGCCUAACAUCGUGUUGUUCAACAUUCAAAGCAAUUUAUUCAAGCGACUCAAUGGUUUCCCAGGGCUUUGUACGAAACAAGGUAUAUUUUGCUAUGGCAACACGAGAACAAAGCCAAAAAAUCGUGGAAAUCAAGGGAACAUGUACGCUAAGAGAACAAGGGAAUAUGGGGAAAUAUUUAUGGGGAACAAAUGAACAAAAGAAACGUUUCCAAAGGAAUACGGGAGCACAGAAUACCCCCCCCCCCAAGAGACUCUCAGAUAUAAAGACAAUCACAGGAAUAUGCUUGAUGUAAUCAGCAUUGACGAAACAAAAUGGUGGAAAAGAUGAAAUGAUAUCUGAAGGUUAUUAAUAAAAGGAUAUGAGAAGAUUAGCACGAUAAGGUAAAUUUAAUCCAUCUUUCACAGCUGGAAUCCGGGCCAAGCAAUCUACCAUCCAUUCAGGCAACGGAUUUCAUUUAAUUUAACAACGAAACGGGAGGUGAAACGUCAAGAUGAAUUUGUACAAUCAAAUGAAGAAACGAUAACAGAAAAAUGACGAGGUAACGUACAUAUAGGUGGCCAAUUAUACUAUGCUGGAUUUGAACAUAGUCUAAUUGCGUUAAAAUGGAAAUAUAUAUACCACUAGAUUAGGGUAAUAAAUGUAUAUGGAACAAAUAUAUAGAACAUAGUUCUAACCUUCAGGGACUUAAGCCUGUAUUCUAAAAGCUCACUCGCACUCAAUGAGUGGAGGUUCAAUCUGAGCUUCCCUUGAGUGUCAAUGCUGUUUUUGAAUAGCUGGAGGGUGAGUAGUCACAUAGUGAGGUACGACACUAACCCUCCAGCUAUUCAUAAACAGCAUUGACACUUAAAAGAAGCUCAGAUUGAACCUCCACUCAUUGAGUGUGAGUGCGAGUGAGCUUUUAGAAUACAAGCGAUAGUAUGUGAAUCGAAGAUGUAUAGUACAGGAAAAAUAACAAAAUAUUUGCUCAUAUGUAUAUGUAUAGAGAUAUUAGGAAUUUGAUUUUAAAUUCCGAACAAUAGCAUUAUAUACAAGAGCAGUUUAUAGUGACUUAUAAUACAAUUAAUAUACAGAAUUUAAUAUUAUUUAAUUUAUUCAAAAGUUGUACAUAGCCAUUUAAUAUAUUACGAAUAGCGAGCAACGGCGCUGGACAAAGUUUUUGCACGACACAAUUAUAAAAAUAAAUUCCUUCAAAAGG